UAUCAAAAAUAAAGUGCCAAAAGGUGGCCUUUGUCAAAGGCGGGCAUUGAAAUUUGAGUUGCAACAAUAUUUAUACAAACCCCAUUGUGGUUUUACUUACAAAACUACACAAUAUCAUGUAUUAUUUCGACAGCAUUUUAUUACAAGCAGCGGUUCAAUAAGUUAAAUCAAUAAAUUAGUUGAUAAAAUUUUAUUUUAAUUCCACACGUAACAACCAGACUCGCUCCAUAUCAAUAAACGAUAUCACGUAUCAAGGAACGCAGUGAAAAUAUUGUGAUCACUCGGGACGAAAAAUGUUGGGAUAUAAAUAUUAAAGAAUGGCGUGUGUUCACCCUCCCCUGAGGAGGAAUAAGAUCCAUGCCAUUCCAGUGUUUAGAAGGAGUAGUACAACAAUUGGUCAAGACUGGAACAGAUAUCCAAGUUCGAAGUGGCAAACCGAAAACCAGAUUCGAUACAAAGUAAUCGACUUCUCCCGUACCCCUCGUGACAGUCCGCCGUUCCUUGUCACCACUUUAGAUGACAGAUAUCAUAAUCCACAUUCAAAACAGAUAUUCCACAUCAAAAGAAUUAACAAUAAGCCCGUCUGCAGCGUUAAUACAUGGAAGAACUAUCCAAAUGAAAUGGAAAAGAAGACACAGAAUAAAACUAUUUAUUCAUCAUCUUUUGAACAUCGAACUCCGGAUGUCAGAGUUUUGAUCAAAAACCAAGAUAAACAUGUUUUAGCACAAGGAAUCGUUCCCUUUGACCAACCUGAAAACACGUGCGACGUGAAGGAGGAAAUGUUUCUACCUAUCUGUGAUACCACAAGAAUACCAUCAGCGCCGAAUCCUCACAGAUAUUUGUUAAGGAAGAAAAGGAUACCAGCUCCACAUCAGCCCAUGGGAAUAUUUUAUCCCGAGAGUCCACAGCCAGAUCUACCACCCGAAAGACCAAAAACACAAUGUGACAAAGUCAGCAUCUCCACGCUAUGUGGUCAGGAAUUUACUAGAAAGAAAUAUAUUCCACAGCCAAGGGGAAAUUUUGAGCCAGGAGCCUUUGAUGGUGGUGCACCACAGAUACAGACACACAGAUUCAAUGACAAAUUUCUACCACUGGUGCGAGUUAAGCCUAUAAUUUAAUUUUAUGUGCAAAGGUGUUUUUAGACUUCUUUUGAAUAAUCAUAGGAACAUAUUUUUUGAUUUGUAUAUCAUUGUUAUAUUUGUUAAAUAAAUAAUUAACAACAUGAAA